AUGGAAAAAUUCAGGAAGGCGCACGAAAGACGUCCGAAGUCUGGCAUACGUUCUGCAAAAGUACAUAAAUCCAAAAGUAAAGAAAUGAAAAAGAUGCUCCGUAAAUACGAAGACAGUUUUACAAAAAUCCUAAUAAACGCCAGCAACGUAAUCGAAAAUAUCCCUAAAAAAAAACGUGCCGAAUCUCUACUUCGCGUUACUAAAGGUUUAACCAAAAUCAAAAAGAUACCUAAAACAAAAUACUACAACUUUGAUCCUGAUGGUGACUUGGCAACACACAUCAAACUGAAUUUAAAACGAAGUGAAUUUACCAGUCCUAGCAAAAAAGGAAGCCCUAAAAAACUCAAAAUCGAAACAUCAGGCAGCGAAUCUUCUGAUGGUAGUGAAAUGAUGGAAUUGUUGACUGAAUUGCAAAAGGAGUCUUCAGAUGAAGACAUAAAUGAUGAUGAUGAUGAAUUAGGAUCUGACAAAAGUUUAGUGAUUGAUGAAGAAGCAGAGAAUCUUGAUGACAGUUUUCCUGGUAAAUAUGUAAUGAAACCGCCUUCAGAUCUGGGUGAAGACGAUGAUGAUUUUGACUGCGAUAUGGAUGAAGAUUUAGAGAAUGAUUUUUUAGAGCAGUGUACUCAACAACCGGACACGUCUCAAGUUGAUAAAAAUGAUGAAGAACCUUCCUUUAAUGAUUCCAAGGAACCAGGCGAGAUAAAUGAAUCCGGUGAUAUCAAUGAAGCGGAUUUGUAUGACGAUUUGGAUGAACCUGCUACUGAAAACGUUGAUGACAUGUUGUACGAAACAGCAUUUGAGGCUACUGCUGAUAAAAAUAAACCAAGUGAGGAUACAAAUAAACCACCGAUAGACACGACGCAUACUGUAGAUGUAAAACAACAAAUAGCGAAUUUGCAGAAUGUAACAAUCGAACCGGUAAGCCAACCUGAACCUGGUGGAAGAAGUCGUGGAACUUAUAAGCAGUGA